UCUGUUCACUGCUAAAUUCGAAACUUUUUAAAGCCUUGUUUUGUUUAACCGAGAGAAGUAGAAAGUAUCCAUGGCGCCGAAGGCAGAGAAGAAGCCCGCCGAGAAGAAGCCGGCGGAGGAGAAGGCAAAGGCUGAGAAAGCUCCGGCGGAGAAGAAACCUAAGGCUGGAAAGAAGCUGCCGAAGGAGGCCGGAGCCGGCGGCGACAAGAAGAAGAAGAUGAAGAAGAAGAGUGUCGAGACCUACAAGAUCUACAUCUUCAAAGUUUUGAAGCAGGUUCAUCCUGACAUCGGAAUUUCGAGCAAGGCCAUGGGGAUUAUGAACAGCUUCAUCAACGACAUCUUCGAGAAGCUCGCUCAGGAGUCUUCUAAACUCGCCAGGUACAACAAGAAGCCCACAAUCACAUCUCGCGAGAUUCAGACCGCCGUCAGGCUCGUCCUUCCUGGAGAACUCGCGAAACACGCUGUUUCCGAGGGGACCAAGGCCGUGACAAAAUUUACUAGCUCCUGAAUUGUGAAUUAGGGUUUUCUGUGUUUUGGUGAACGGAUUUAGGGUUAGAGAUGGGUCCAUGUAAUUCCUACGUUAGUUGUUUCCCCAGUUUCUGGUAUUAUAAUCGCUGCUAUAUAUAUGUUUUGAAUUUGAAUUUGGCCUUUUGUCAUGAAUUCAAUUUGAAUAUUGUGGUUUUCAAUUUA